GUCGUUAUCAGUCGUAUUGAUUAUGUCGCGCGAAACAUUAAUAAAGGAAAUAUUUUCUGGAGCGGCCAGCGUUUCUACUGGAGAGUCUGUCGUAUCACUGAAUAGCCUACAGAAAUUUGCUGCUACUAGAAAGCGGCAUCUUUCAUUACAGCCAGCCGAAAAAUCUUCAGAUUCGCAACAAUCAUCAACUUCUAAGAGAUGUGACUCUAAACCGCCAGUUGUAAGCCAAACAUUUUGGAGUCGUUUCUAUAGUUUUGAAUGCCAACUAAACGAUGCUUUGCACGCUAUUGAAAAACCAUCAUAUAUAACACAUGUAUACAAUCCAUUGGUUUAUGCUUCAAACUUACACUGUGCUUACUUGGAAAAAUUCUUAGAUGGACCGAAGCGGGUUGUUUUCGUGGGCAUGAAUCCUGGUCCGAAUGGAAUGGGUCAAACAGGUGUACCUUUUGGUAACAUAUUAACUGUUCGUAAUGAGAUGGGAUUGUCCGGUACGGUUAUGCAACCUCCUUCGGUACAUUUGAAGCGUCCCGUGGACGGCUUGGAGUGUAUUAUAGAAGAACCAAGUGGUGUGCGGAUAUGGGGUUUAUUCAAAAAGCUGGCGGGAGGAUCUUUGAUGACUUUUGGGAAAAAUUGCUUUGUACAUAAUUUUUGUCCGUUAAUUUUUUACGACAAAGCCGGAAGAAAUAUUACGCCUAGUGAGUUGAAGGGAGAUUAUAAAGCUAUAAUUGGAAAGUUGUGUUUGGACGCUCUUGAUAAAGAGCUAGAUUUAUUGGAGCCGGAGAUACUAGUACCAAUAGGAGCGUAUAUAAAAGGAAUAAUCAAACGUUCUAGACAUGUGAAUUCCUUUAAAGUUUGCACACUUCAUCAUCCAAGUCCUCGUGCAUUGAAUAAUCAGAAUUGGCCUGAAAGGGCCGAAGAACUUUUACACAAAUAUGAUCUUGUUAAGUAUAUAAGCAAUGAAGUAUGAUACCCAAUAUUGGUAGAAAUACCCUUGUAUAUUACCUAUAUACAUUUGUAUGUACAUACGCAUGAGUAUACGUACAUAUAUUAAAUCAAUCUGUCACCCAA